GACUAAAAAUAUGGCGGCCGGUAGCGCAACACCUUCGCUCGUUUUGCGGAUUCCACUAAUUAGACUGGUCAGACCUGCGGUAAUGUGCUGUUUAAGAAAUCGGGUAGUCGUUCCUAUUGCGGUUUCGGAACAGAGGACCAUGUCUGGUACAAACUAUAUAUCGUUACUGAGAGCGUAAGAAUGAGCUGAUAUUCUUGAGUUAGGGAAUCAGCAUCAUAUCUUUCUGGUCCAGGAUAUCAAUUUGCAAAUUUCCCUCUCUUGAGAGUUCUCCAUAGCCUAUGGAAACAUACCCUUUUCCAAAAAGAUAUCUCUAACCAGGAAUUCUGAUGACUUUUCAAUCAAAACCCAGAUCUGGUAACCCACCUCCAGGUGCUCUGCAACCUGAUGCUGAAUUGAUGCCCAUAGAUACUGAUACUCCUGUUUGUCCUCGGGAACUUCAGUACCUGACAGUGAUCGAUCAGCUUCUUGUUCGUCAAAAAGAGGAAAUUUCUUUAAAUGGCUUGAAUUGUGAAAACAAAAAUAAAUAUAUAGUAAAGAACAUCUUGGGCCAAAACAUUUAUACUGCAAGAGAAGAUACCGGUUGUUGUACAAGAAACUGUUGUGGAAGUUGCCGACCAUUUGACUUAAAGAUAAAAAAUAAUUAUGGCACGGAGAUCAUACAUUUAUCUAGAGAUCUUCGAUGCUCUUUUUGUUGUUUCCCUUGCUGUUUACAGAGAUUAGAGGUGUUUGCACCUCCUGGGCAGUUUAUUGGCGCAGUAGUCCAAAAAUGGAGCAUUUUUAAACCUCAAUUUCAAAUUGAAAAUGAAAGCGGUGACGCAGUACUAAAGAUUGAAGGACCCUUUUGUACAUUUUCAUUUUGUGGGAGUGUAAAUUUUCAGGUACUUUCUACAGAUGGUAUUGAAGUUGGCAAGAUUUCUAAGAAAUGGUCAGGCUUAUUACGAGAAACUUUUACAGAUGUUGACCAUUUUGGAAUUUCAUUUCCACUUGAGUUGGAUGUCAAGAUGAAAGCAACUUUAUUAGGAGCUUUGUUUUUGAUUGAUUACAUGUACUUUGAGACAACAUGGGAUGAAGAUUGUGAUUUUUGCUAGUAGUAUGUUGUAAGGAAAGGAUUCUUCAAAUAUAGUGCCCAAAAAUCAAACUCUUUUUAACUAUGUUCUUUUGAAAAGUUGUGUUUUUAUCAAAAUUCAUACAUUGCUAUUCAUAUACUGAAUGCAUGUCAAAGUCACCGUUAGCAUUUAUUUCUGUUUUAGCUGUCAAACCAGUAGAUAGAACUUAUACCUAUACAUGUAGAAUCCUAGGAAAUUAAUACAUGCUGUAAAUACCGUAAACACAUUCACAAUUGCUAUUACUAUUUCAUGUGUAAUCCUCUUGAAGUAUAACUCUUUGGUUCUCAUUAUCAGAACUUUUACGGUGAAUUUAAAUAAGAACUCAUUAACCAUUUUAUUCGCCAUUUUCUAUGUUAUCUAUAAUUAUUUUAUUGUUGUAUUUAUUUAUUUAUUAUUGGUUUAGAAUACAUAGAUAUUGUAAAUGAAAUUAUCAUUUCAUUCCUGAAAAUUUUUACUCACUUGUUUAUUGCAUAUUAAAUUCCUCAGUCUAAUAAAUUUAAAACAAAUUUAAAAUUUGGGGCUGAGUACCAAUAUGAGAUUGCAUUGCUAAAUAUUGAAGUUCCCCAAAGAUUAUGAUACAAUUAUGAUAUUUUCGUAUUAUAAUCUUAAAUUUUUUAAAUCCAGGUAGAUAUAAUUUUAAAGGAAAGCUUUAAAUAAUUUCAAAGGAAAUUAUUUCAAUGAAAAGAAUUUUGCUAAAUCUGUUUAGUGGCAAUUUAAAAUUAUUAUUAUUUUACUUAUCAUUAAUUAAUACUUUGUUUUCUUAUUUAUUUAGCAUGUCUAGUGUCUCUGAAAAUGUUUUAAAAGAAAAUUAUGUCAUUGUAAUUCUCUAAGAAAUUUUGGUGUAAACUUACUUUUUAGCCAUCCUAAGUGAAAUGUUAAAGAGCCUAGCUUUUUUGAAACUGAUCAAAGAAAAUAUAUUUGCUUUCUCAUACAUAUAAAUGGGUUGUCAUCCAAAUGUCAAAAAAAAAAAAAAAAAAAAAAAAGAAAGAAAGAAAGAAAGAAAAAGAAAAUUAAGUAUUGCCAUGUUUUAAUUCUACUAAAAGUUUUUUAGCCUAAUGCUGCAUAAAGAUAUUGCAGCCUUUCUCAGGCCCUGAAUAUUGAUAAUAUUAAUCUAUUAUAUUGAAAUUAUUUUCUAAUUAGGAUUAUAUGCAAUUUUAGGUUUAGAUCAAUUGUAAAAAAGAAAGAAAGUUUUUAAGUGUUUAGGAGAAAUGUCAUAUCUCAACAUUUUGGAUUCAUUUGGUUUACACAUACACACUUAAGUUGGCUAUCAUUCAAUUGCCCAUCUGUCAUACAAAAUAUUUUUAAGGAAAUAAAAAUUGAAUAAUGCAAAUAAAAAAAUAAAUCCAUCGACUGUCAUCAAAAAUACUGAAAGAAGAAACUUGAAAACUCUGCUUAACACUUAAAAACAUUUUUAGAAACCAUUGGUCCAAAUUCGAAAUUUCAUGUAAAAAUAAUUUAUUUGAAUAAAAGUAAUUUAAUCUGAAUGAAUCAAUAGUAAAAGAAAGAAGAAACAUUAAAAUAAUCUCUGUAUCACUUAAAUUCAAUUUUUUUUUUUUUUAAAUUCUGCUUAAUACUUUAAAACCUUUCUUUUAACAUUUGACCAAAUCCAAAAUUGCAUAUAAAAUAUGUUUUUAAAGCAUUAAGUAAAAAUUUCAGGUACCAGCAUGUUUUAACUUUAUUUAAUUUUUUUUUUUAUUCUAAUGCUGCUGCAUAAAAAUUUUGCAGCUUUCCUUGGAAUCUGAAUAUUGAUAUUAUCAAUUUCAUUGAAAUUAUCGUUUAACAAGCAUUGCUUAAAACUAAUUGUAUUCUGUGUGAUAUUUUUGUUACAACUUCUGCCAGUGAAUUAUGCUGAAGUUUCAAUUAAUAAAUAAGAAAUGUUUAUUUUGUUUUAAAUUAUUUUUUUAAUGUAAAAGUUAUUUAUUUAUUUAAGAGAUUAAGAAAUUUUAUCUUGAAGAGAUAUAACUUCUGUUCGAAAUAGCUAUUGCUGCAUGUUUUUCUUAAAUGGUUGUAAUUGUAAUUAUUUCUUUUAAUCAUGUGUAAUAUUAUGCUUACUUUUCUUAGAGAUUUUAAUUAUUCCAUUCAACACUGUAUAAAUUUAAGAAUA